AGGAAGCUAUAACCGCGUGAGUUUGUGUAACAUGUAACAUGUUAGCAAACGCUUUCAGUGUCCUUUAAUGCAAUGACAGAACCGCGUCAAUGGCGGGACUUCUGAAGAAGCAGUUAAAAGAAGCAGUGAAGGUUAUCAGCUCAGGUAGCCUUCUGUUUGCCUCCUACCUCACUGUUGUUGGAGAUGAGCGUUUCUAUGCCAACCAACUGAUGCCCCUGCUGCAGAGGAUCGUGGGGGCAGAGACAGCGCAUGUGUUGGCGGUGAAGAUGAUAGGUCUGGGUUUGGUUCCUCUGAACCGCUACCAGGACCCAGCGUCAUUGGAAGUGAAUGCUCUGGGGUUAAAGUUCAAAAACCCUAUUGGGAUUGCUGCAGGCUUCGAUAAGCACGGAGAGGCAGUAGACGGCUUGUACAAAGUGGGUUUUGGCUUUGUUGAAGUUGGGACGAUCACUCCCAAGCCGCAGGAGGGGAAUCCCAAACCACGCGUGUUUCGACUCAUUCCAGAUCAUGCAGUUAUUAACAGAUAUGGAUUCAACAGCUGCGGUUUGGUAGAAGCACAGCAGAGGCUGAAGGCCAGGGAAGCAGCACAACAAGAGCACAGUAAAGCUGGCCUUCCCCUGGGCAUCAACCUGGGGAAGAACAAGCUGUCCCAGGAUGCAGGGGCGGAUUACUUGGAGGGAGUGAAAGUACUGGGCCCGCUGGCUGACUACCUGGUGGUCAACGUCAGCAGUCCUAAUACGCCAGGUCUCCGGGAUCUACAGGGAAAGGCUGAGCUCCGCCAGCUCCUGCAUACGGUGUUGAAGGAGCGCGAUGCCCUGCAGGGAGAACGCAAACCUCCGGUCCUGGUAAAAAUCGCUCCUGACCUCACAGACCAGGACAAACAAGACAUUGCUGAUGUUGUCAUCGAGCUGGGAGUAGAUGGUUUGAUGGUGUCAAACACCACUGUGUCCAGACCAGAGACGCUACAAGAUCCACAUAAGUCUGAGGUUGGUGGGCUAAGUGGGCAGCCUCUAAAAGACCUCUCCACCAGCACAGUAAGAGAGAUGUACAACCUCACCAAAGGUAAAGUAACGAUUGUUGGGAUCGGCGGUGUAGCCAGUGGACAGGAUGCUAUGGAGAAAAUCCGUGCUGGUGCAUCACUGGUUCAGCUUUACACAGCUUUGACCUACCAGGGUCCGCCCGUAGUGACAAAGAUAAAGCGGGAACUGGAACAACUUCUGAAAGAGCAAGGUUUCAGCAGCGUAUCUGAGGCGGUUGGAGCAGAUCACAGGGGACCAGAUGCGUCGACUCACAAGCGGAGCUUCCUGAAAGAGAUGGUGAACACAGAUACUCAGGGCUUAACAGCACCUGUAGCUGCCAUCUCCUCCAGCUAGACAACAUGAUCCUCAACCUGUCCAGAAUUAUGAUAAAAGCUGUGUUCGUGAUAAUCCGUCCGUCUUUGACGAGAUGAGGUCUUAACCGAUAGAUCAAAACCAUAUUUUCAAUAUUGGUGGUGAGGAGUGCAGACGCUGAUAAAAAUGAGUUGGUGAAUGGGAAGUUGAAAGCACCAAAUCUCAGCUACCUUUACUUGAAAAUUAUGGUGAAGUACACGAUAAUCAGUCUUGGAUUCAUGUUCUGUGUGUAACUUUAUUUCAGAAGUUCUUCAUUUGUUACAGUGUAACAGUAGUUAGUGUUUGUCAAGUGCAUCCUGACACCAAAGUGCUUAAACUCUUCAGACACUGGCCUCACAAACCAGUUUUUACAAAUUACCAAUACAUAAUACAGUACCAGUCAAAAGUUUGGACACACUUUCUCAUUGAAGUGAAUGGGAAGUUGUGUCCAGACUUUUGACAGGUACUAUAUACAAACUGUUUUGUUGUAUAUAAAGAAAAUAAUCUACUGUACUGUAUGGUGUUGUAUGGAUAAAGCAGCAACAUUAUUGUUUUAGGAACUGUGUAAUACAGAAGUUGAAACAUGCCUAAAUGUUAGUGUAUCAUUCUUUGCCCGUCUGAAAAUGUCAUAACCGAAUAAUUAAGCAGUAUAGCCAUUUUCAAGGUGGUACUGCAUGUCAUAUGUAAGCCAGUCAAAGGAUCAACGUAUUUAUUUUUCUGUGUGCUAUUAAAGCAUGCCCUAUAGCUCUGAAACGUUCAAGGUAAUGUAAGACUCUUUUGUUGAAAGCACCAGUAGGAUGUUAACGUAAAGAUAUGGAGUGUUAUCAGCCUAAAUUAUAACGCACACACCUUCCUUCUAACUGCUUUUCUUUGUUUCCCAAAUAAUAUUCUGGCCUUGGUUUUAUUCACUUUCCCGCUCGGAGAAGUUUAUUAUUUCAGAAUAGAAUCAGCAUUCCGGGAACUCUUUGUUCAGAAAUAGCUGGGCUGAAAAAUACGAAGCUGCUUGGUACCUUUUGCUCUAAAGCGACCACAUACAGAGUGGUGAAUAUGAGAGAGCCAUUUGCCAUUUGCUGAUAUCGCAAAAAUAAAAUUGUGGUGCUUUUUAAAGAAUUCUGGAUAAUGGGAGUCCUUAUAUGACAAAUUUAAAUAAAGUAUUUAUUUUUUAAUGGCAUUGAAGUGAAACCACCUUAAAUGGUUUGACCAAGAAUGAUGUGGCAUCAAAUGUGUAGUAACGGUUUAUGGUCUCCAGAGGAUGAUUGACCCUUUCUCUAUUGCCAAAGUCAGACUAAAGUUUCUGCAUAUACAUUACCAAAUUUCAAAAAGCAGAUAAGUAUUAAAUAGUUAACACUUUCAUGGUCCCCAAAGGAGAAAUUCCUUUGAAUUUGGCCAUUGCAAAAACUGUGUGUAAUCCCUGAGUUUUGCGGUGUAGAUGAUCCUGUGAAUUUUAUUGAAAAUCAUGAUCAAAAAGAAAGAAUUUUAUAACAAGUGCGUCACUCCAUUUCGCAUUCGUCAGAUCAGCUUGGCUGUUUGUUUGGACUCAUCCACAUUCCUGCAUCAGAAGACCUUGUAGCAAUUAUGAGAGAAAUAUGUACCUUGUUAGAUGAGUUUCUCUUUGCUAUUUUUCUCAUUGUAUUACAGUUAUAAAACCUCACAGUUUGUGAGAUGCAGUAAUGAGAUAUUGGAGGAUUGGAAUAAUGUGCUUGUAUUGAAUACAAAUGUACUUGUACAGUAUAUUGUCUCCACAUUUCAGCAAACAGUUUUGUUUUUGUGUGCAUGUGAAGAAUGGCCUGUGUGAGGGCGAGUGAUUCACACAGACUGGAUAAAAUGCUUUAAGGUACAAAUAAUAAAAGAACAAACAACAUUACUCAGUAGGAAGAA